AUGCCCAAGAUCAGGCACGGGCGACACCGUUCGUCGCGCCGCGCUCCCCCACUCAAGGACAGCGAUUUUGAUCAUGAGAUUAGCUUGGUCGAUCGCGACGAUGAGGGACAAACGGGGUCCUCGCAAGAACCUUCGCCAGUGAGGAAUCAAAGCACGUCCAAUGUGACAGGCACUGUGGUGGCGCUUGGAGUUGGCGAGGAUGGCGCGUCGUCUACGUCUACUGCCAGACGGGGGAGACCGGGGAGUGCGGGUCAGCCCGUUGUGAAGGUCGACAAACCAUCCCCCUACACAACCCCGUACGAAGCCCCCCGUCCCAUAACCGACCUCCAAACCGCCCUCUCUAAAGCUCGCCGCAUCACAACCACCCACAGCGCCCCAACCUCCGAAAUCGACAUCCUCUACGAAAACCAACGCGGCUGCUUCUGCUGCGGCAUCCCCUUGUUCUCCUCCAAAGCCCUGGGCAACCUGGACCCGCCCGCCUGGACGAAUCACGCGCAUCGCCCGUCCCCUACAGACAUCCACACCGCGCAGGUGCCUGAUCCGAGUUGGGAGUGGGAUCGAGAGUGGCCCACCUGGCGGGUAUAUCGCAGAGGAGAAAAUGAGGAGGAUGAGGAGGGUUGGAUGUACGCUUGUGGGUUUUGGUCGGGGUUUAAGUGGCAUCGGCCGAGGUGGUGGGAUAGUUUUGUGAGGAGACGCGCGUGGGUAAGGAGGAGGGUUAGGAAAACGGGUGAGAUGCUUGAUGCGGUCGAGUCGAACGAUCCGUAUCGGUUGAACCCGGAUUAUUUCACAGUUAGGCCGUCGAGUGAGAGGGCGAGGUCAAGGAGCAGGAGUCAUAGUCGCGCUGGUAGCAGGGCCAGUAGUCGGCUGAGUGUGAGUACCGUUGGAGGGCCAGCAAGCAUCGCGCCGAGUGCGGACUUGGAGGUCAUUGAGCAUGCGGAUGAGCUGUUGGAGGUGCUACGCGAGGGAAGGAUUGACCGCGAGAAGAUUGAGGCUGUGCACAACUACAUUGCCAACGCGCGCGACGGGCUGAGUGGUCUGCCGGGGAUCAUGCACGAUAUCAUGGGAAUGUUUGUCUUCCAGGCUUCGAGGCGAACACUCUUGACCAGUCUGACGGAGAUAUACGAGGGGUUAAUGGCCAGGCUAGAGACCGAAGGUGAUCAGGAAUCAAAGGAGAGGGCAAGAUAUCUUGGGGCAGCUGUCAAGCGUGCGGAUGAGGAGGUUAGAAGGCUAGAGUAUUGGAGUGAUGUAAAAGGGGUUGCCGACGAGGGAGGGUCCAAAGGGGCGGCUGAUCCUCAACAGGGAUGGAGUAGGGAGUGGCAGGGGGUCGAUAAGUCGGGGCCAGCGGCUCCAGCACCACCUCCUAAGGAUGACAGGCCACAAGAGGGAGAGAAGGAGGAAGGGAAAGAUGGAAAAGAUAGGCCGAAAGAGGGGAAGCAAGACUCGGAGAACUGCAAUGGUCAAGAAGGGAGCUGA